AUGCGCCUAUAUCCAAUGGGACCGCUUUUGGUCCCACAUGAGUCAAUGGAAUCCAUUCAACUUGGUGGGUUCGAGUUGCCGGUUGGCUCAACUCUGUUUGUUAAUGUGUGGAAGAUUCAUCACGAUCCGACAUUGUGGAUGGACCCAGAAGAAUUCAAGCCAGAGAGGUUCUUGAGCAGCUGCAAUGAGAUGACCAGCUUUGGUGGUCAGGACUUUGCGUUCUUGCCAUUUGGAUCGGGAAGGAGGAUCUGCGUCCGCUGGCAGAUGGCCAUGCAAGUUCUUCACCUAACUGUGGCGCGCUUGCUGCAGAGCUUUGAAUGGUCUACACCCAUGAAUGAGCCGGUUGACAUGACCGAGGGACAUGACCUAGCCCUGCCCAAAGCAACUCCGCUUAGUGCUUUUGAGGCCCCGUCUCCCUCCCCACCUCUAUUAGUUACUUGUUUUUAG